UAUAACUAGCUCAGCCUCACGAAGUCUUGACGAGGGUACAACUAGAUUAAGAUAAGCUACUGGAAUCUUUCACAGCAGAACCUUAGAAAAAGACGCCUAACCUCUCGUAGUAACCGACAGGACCACUGCAGAGAUGAUAUCAAACGACUACCCUCGACUGGUAACCACUAACACCUGGUCAUACCCCAAACCUUGCCAUAAACCAGGGUACCAGGGCUACAUCCCCACUCUAAACCACAUGUACGGUGAAACAUUUGGCAAUGCUACUGAGAAGUAUUUCUUGGACCAGCGGAGCAAAACACUAAACAGUUCUACAUAUCCUGCCAAAAGGGGAGGGACACCGAUAACGGAGUUCCCUAAGAUCUACACAGACCCGAGGCUGGUGAUAGGAACCAGAGACAGGACCAGGGAGAGGUGGAGAUCUCCACCCAACUACAGGAUGAUCAACUACUCUUCAGACCUUACUAACCGCAACCAGGACAUUCAGAAAAUGAACGAAGACUUGAUACAGAAGCAGAGAGAGGUGUACAAAGAUAAAACAGGGUGCAAUUCCCGGAUACAGUUCUUUGUGCUGCCGAACCCUACAGACUGUGAAAGGUUCAGAAAAGUGGAGCAAUACAAGUACAAGAAAAACAACAUGGAUAACGAAGCCACGACGAAUGCCGUACGUUUUGCAAUGAACGGCAGAAACAUAGCGAGCUCGUUUGACGAUAAGAGAAGCGACGUAAGAACUAGAAUGAUGAGGGACAUUCACUUUGAGAGACGUUAAUUAUGGAGCCAUGUGACAGUAUAGAAGUAUAAAGACAUGGUGUUGGGACAAGACGUCUGGACAAUACCAUUUCAAGUGCAGCAAGACUGCUAGGGAUUACCCUCACCCUGGACAAUGCUGGUGCAUAAUGUCAAUUUAGAUUUAGAUUCAUUUUUAAUUAUGAUUUGCUUGUCGGGAAAAUAUGCUUUAUUUUCGAAAAUAAGUGUAUGAAUCGAUUUUAUGUCAAUGAAGAUUAAUCGUUAUGUCAAAUUUCACUCUAUACGGCAGCAGGAUAAUUUUUGUAUCACAAUUCAAAUCAAUUGCUGAUCAAUUUUUGAUAUUUCGACCAACAUUAUCAUAAUUAUGGGACUGUUUUUUUUCGAUAAAUUUUGAUGUAAAAUAACUAAAGUUUGAUUUAUUUUUCUCACUAAAAUUAUAAUAAUC